AUGAACAUCUUCGGCAUCUUACUACUUGUCGGAUCCGCUCUGUCGGUGGAUCUUGACGUGGACAGUGUCGAUUCCAUUCGUGAGGCGACUGCGUUAAUCUCGACGGGUUUGAUGGAUUAUUACUGGGGAUAUCAGAAGGGCGGAACGAUUGGCAUGUUUACCAAUCCGUACUAUUGGUGGGAGGCUGGAGGAGCCUGGGGCUCCAUGAUCGAUUACUGGUACUUUCUGGAAAACAACACUUAUGAGGAAACCAUCAAACAGGCGCUGUUGUACCAAGUUGGAGAAAACGACGACUACAUUCCUUUGAAUCAAUCCACCACUGAAGGAAAUGACGAUCAAGCGUUCUGGGGAAUUGCUGCAAUCCAGGCCGCCGAGCGGAACUUCACCAACCCUUCUGACGACCAGCCACAAUGGCUGUAUUUGGCACAAGCCGUUUUCAACACCAUGGCCUGGAGAUGGGACACUGACAGUUGUAACGGAGGCCUUAGAUGGCAGAUUUUCCCUUGGAACUCGGGUUACGACUACAAGAACUCGGUCUCGAACGCUGGAUUGUUCCAUAUCGGUGCCCGUCUGGCCAGAUUCACAGGAAACGACUCUUACGUCGACUGGGCCGAGAAAGUGUACGACUGGCUUGUUGGAGUCAAGUUUGUGAACGAGUCGAACUCGUACUAUUUCGCAUACGACGGUGCCAACAUCGACGACAAUUGCUCCUCCGUCACCAAAUACCAGUGGACCUAUAACGCAGGCAUGCUGUUGUCUGGCUGUGCGUACUUGUACAAUUACACGGGAGAAGAUAUUUGGAAAGAGCGUACCUUGGGAUAUUUGAACGGACUGUUUGUGUUUACCCCCCAGGACGGGAACUACAUUCUGCAGGAGACGGCAUGUCAAGGAUCGGGAACAUGUAACAACGAUCAGCGGUCUUUCAAGGCGUAUUUGUCCCGGUUUUUGGGACUGACAGCCGUGCUUGUUCCAGAAACACAGGACACGGUGAAUAAAUAUCUGCAAGACUCGGCACAAGGGGCAGCUGCGUCCUGUUCGGGUGGAUAUGACGGUCACACGUGCGGCCUAAACUGGAACUACAACGGAUGGGAUGGUAACUACGGGCUAGGAGAGCAAAUGUGUGCGUUGGAGGUGAUGCAAAACUUGCUAAUCUACGAUAGACCCGCUCCAUACACUGCCACGAACGGAGGCUCAUCCACGGGAGAUGGAGCUGCGGGAUCGCAGACCACAUCGUUGACGGACCAGCCAUUGAGUCUCGACAAAGGAGACUCUGCCGGAGCGGCAAUCAUUACGGUUUUGAUUGGAGUUAGUAUCAUUGCAUUAGCGUGUUGGUUAUUAGUUUAA